AUGCGCCUGGCUGAGAGCGAUGCGCGGCUGGCGGGCGGCUUCGGGGCAGUUUCAACCCUCUACAGCGCCGGCGGCGACGACGGCCCUGGCGCCGGCUUCGGCGGAGGCGGCGGCAGCGGCGUGUACGCCGGCCUCACAGCAGGGCUGCCCGCCGGUGCGGCAAGCUCGAAGCUGCCGGGAUUGUACGCUGUGCCGGGCGGCUGGGGCGUUGGCGCAAACAUGCCAGCAGUGGCAGGGCUGGCGUUUGGGGGCGCGGGCGGCGGUGCAAGGGCACAGCAGCAGCAACAGCAGCAGCAGCAGCAGCAGCAGCAGCAGCAGCAACAACAGCAGCAGCAGCAGCGGGCCCAAGACAGACAGCAGGUAUGGAACCUAGCAGCGGCGAUGGCGCCCGGGCCGCCACGCUCGCCGCCUGGGGGCGGUGGGCCAGGGGGGCUGCUGAUGCGCGCCGGCAGCGCGGAGGGCCGCAUCCCGCUGCCACCUGGCGUCAAGCCGCGGUCGCCGCUGUCCGGCACGCCGCCGCCGCGGUCGGCGGCCAGCGCCGACGGCCCCAGGGGGCAACAUGCGGCCCUGGCGUCCCUUGCAGCGGGCGCGGCGCAGGCCCCGUCUGCGACGGCGUCACCCGCCCGCAGCGCUCGCUGGUCCGGCGGCGCCGCGGGUGGCGGCAGCUCGGCAGGCACCGGGCAGCUACCUGCUGCGGACGCUGCUGGGUCUGGGGCGCUGAGCCCCACCCUUGGGCGGCGGCAGGACAGGGCAGAGGCGCCCCAGCGCCGCGGCGGCGGGUAUGCGCUCGAACCCGGCGGCUCUGGGCGUGGGUCCCCUGGCAGCGUCAGAGGUGGCAGCCCAAGCGGCGCCCUGGCAUCCCAAGCUCAAUCACCCAAAGGGGCUCUGUCCUAG